GGCGCGCGCGGUCCGCAGCCCGCCCAUGGAGGCUUUCCACUGGGCUCCCCACUCGCCCCGCCGCGGCCGCGCCCCCGCGCCCAUGGCGCUCGUGCCCAACGCCCGCUACGUGAGCGCCCAGGGCCCGGCGCACCCGCAGCCCUUCAGCUCGUGGAAUGACUACCUGGGGCUCGCCACGCUCAUCACCAAGGCGGUGGACAGCGAGCAGCGCUUCGGUUGCGCCAGCGGCGGAGACGGCGGCUCCCCACCGUCUUCUUCUUCCUCGUCUUGUUGCUCUCCCCACUCGGGGACCGGGCCCGGGGCGCUAGGGCCGGCGCUGGGGCCGCCGGACUACGACGAGGACGAAGACGACGACAGCGACGAGCCGGGGACUGGGGCCCGCUACCUGGGGGGCGCGCUGGACUUGCGCGCGCUGGAGCUCUGCGCGGGCCCCACUGAGGCUGGGCUGCUGGAGGAGCGCUUCGCAGAGCUGAGCCCGUUCGCCGGUCGCGCCGCAGCCGUGCUGCUGGGCUGCGCGCCCGCCGCUACCGCCACGGCCGAGUUGGCGCCGCGCGAGGAGCGGGCCCCGGCGUGGGCGGCCGAGCCCCGGCUGCACGCCGCCUCCGGGGCUGCAGCCGCCCGUUUGCUCAAGCCGGAGCUGCAGGUGUGCGUGUUCUGCCGGAACAACAAGGAGGCUGUGGCGCUCUACACCACCCACAUCCUGAAGGGACCCGACGGGCGAGUGCUGUGUCCCGUGCUGCGUCGCUAUACGUGUCCCCUGUGUGGCGCCAGCGGUGACAACGCGCACACCAUCAAGUACUGCCCGCUCUCCAAAGUGCCGCCGCCGCCCGCUGCGCGGCCACCCCCACGCAGCGCCAGGGACGGCCUUCAGGGCAAGAAGCUGCGCUGAGCUCGGCCUGCUGCCACCUGACGCCCCCGGGGUCACCGCUUGCCCACUCUCCUUUUUGGUCUGCACACCGUCUCUUCCUCGCUGUUGGGGAGGCGUGGAGCUCGGCCGUUGGUCCAACCUCGGAUGUCGUAUUGGUUUUUUCAAAGCAAGCCGGCCGUUCCAAGUACUUUGUCAAAGGGCGGUCGAGACUAGACGCUAAAAUUUUGAUUUGUUUAGUUUCUAGGGUGUGCACACCCAAACGGUGAAGGCUGUGUGUAUUCCAACUGAAAUAUGGCAACUUUGAGACGCUGUUUAUUUACUGUAAACGUCGACCUAUUUUAGGGGCACAUCAUCAGUAUGAAAUUGUCUCAAUCUAACCUUGGAUGUUUAAUUUUAUGAACGGAGGCACUUUACUAGGUCUAGAAUAUUUUUUUAAAAGCCUCUUAAUUGAACUUAGAACUGGCGAUUUUACCUAAUGUCGGCAGCAAAAUGACUAUUUUAUUGUUUGAAACAAUAUUUCUUAGUUGUCCUUAAUCAGUUAUCUAAUUCCAGGUGAAGUGAGUCCCUGGUGGCAUCACUGUGUUGAGAAGUGGAGGUUUAGUAACUUUUCCAGUAUUAAUUUGGGUGGGUAUUCCCUCCUUGUGGCUUGUUCGUCCUAGCUGGAGGUGGAAAAUGCACAAUCUGUAGCAGGUAGAGUGGCUCCUUAUCCUUUUAUGUACCAGAUCUUUUAUUACUAAAUUAGCAACUAGCGUUUUCCACCUUUAAAAAUUGUGCCAAGUUAUAAUCAUAUUGUGUAUACACUUGGAAAUGGUGCUGUUUAAAAAACUUGUGUAUUUAUACAUUAACAGUAUAUGAAUUCAUUAAUCUUGCCU